AUGGAUUUCGUACUCGACCUCUGCGACACCUACUUCUUGGACGCCGUUUAUGCCAAAAUAAUACCUCUCGACGCGACGCGUUCUUUAAACGCUUCGGUGACUGCAGUUCUCCCGGCCUCAUCCCAGUGGUCGAAAAUAAUGUCUGACCUCCCACUGUCGUCCAUCAUGGUGGAUGACACGCCUGCCUCACCCUCGUCCAUUUCUCACCCGAUAUAUGCGUCAGCCUGGCCGCGAGACUACAUUCCUCGACAAGUGCUCUCGCUCUCCGUCCUAACGCUCAUCGGGAUCCACCUGCUCUACUUCAUAUUUGCCGGGCUGUCGUACCGGUACAUAUUCAACCACGAAAUGCGCAAACACCCACGGUUUCUGCCGCAGCAAGAGAAGCUCGAGAUCCAGUCGAGCUUACGGGCAUUCCCCAUGAUCACAUUGCUAACGCUUCCGUGGUUCCUGGGAGAGGUCCGGGGCUACUCGAAAUUAUACGAUGGAGCUGAUUCGUAUGGCUACUUGUAUCUCUUUGCCUCUGCCCCAUUCUUCCUCCUGUUUACCGACUAUUGCAUUUACUGGGUACACCGAUGGCUCCAUAUUCCUUUCUUCUACAAGGCUCUCCACAAACCGCACCACAAGUGGAUCAUUCCGACACCAUGGGCAGCGUGCCGUAUCAUCUUUUUUGUCUUCAUAUUCCCCCUCCAUCGGCUGUUAUAUCUUGGCCUGUUUGUGUUUGUCAACUUUUGGAGCAUCUUUAUCCACGACUCUGAUAUGAUCACUGGCCAUCCACUCGAAAAAGUCAUCAACGGCCCUGCUCACCACACUCUGCACCAUCUCUACUUCACCUGCAAUUAUGGCCAGUACUUUACGUGGGCCGACCGAGCAGGAAGCUCCUACCGCCAGCCCGAAUCAAGCUUGGACCCCAUGCUCGAGGUUAAGGCUCUCCAAAAGUCAAAAGCAGAGUAA